AUGGUCAUGUCCUCCACCUCAACUGCAGACAACGGAAUCGCUUCAACAGCAGGUGACGCCGAGAUAAACAACGCUAAAAAGUUUGAUCUCGAGAAGUGCACUGAACUGCGCUUCGAGGUAGCCGAUGAUCCAGUGAUUAUCCGUCUGGUGCAGGGCAAGGCCGAACUUUUUGGCACUGAACUUCGCCUAGAGCAAAAGUACACCUUUAAGAAGGGCGACAAGGUGGCCAUCUUCACUUAUCAUGGCUGCAAAAUCAAAAUGAUAGGAAAGCCUGAAGUGGACUACGUUUCUGCAGAAACACCAAUGAACUUUUACAUCAACAUAAGCAAUGCUCUUGAAGGAGCUCGUGUCAAGGCAGCAACUGAUAAUGAACACGGACCUAAUGUUCUGGUUGCUGGUCCACCCGAUGUCGGAAAAAGCACGUUUUGCAGAAUACUGCUCAACUAUGCAGUUCGUAGCGGGAGAAGUCCAGUUUAUGUUGAUCUCGAUCUCGGUCAAGGCAGUAUCAGUAUUCCGGGCAGCAUUGGCGCUGUUGUAAUUGAAAAGCCAGCCGAAGUCGAGGGAUCAUUUCAAAUGACUGCACCAAUCGUCUACCACUUUGGUCAUUCAGGACCCGGUAGCAAUCAAACGUUAUAUGAUCUAAUUAUGGGCUCUCUUGCCGAAGCGAUUGAGAGAAAGAAAGCAGUCGACUCAAGUGCAAAGUUCUCCGGUACGAUUAUCAACACCUGUGGCUGGGUACUUAACUAUGGCUACCAGUCAAUUCUGCAAGCAGUGAAUCACUUUAAAGUUGACGUCGUUCUUGUCAUCGACCAAGAGAGGCUUUUCAGCGAACUAUCUCGUGAACUCGCAAAAAGUAAACCUGACAUAAAGGUGCUGCUUGUUCCGAAAAGUGGCGGUGUUGUCAUGCGAUCUCAAGAACACCGGGCUGACAUGCGCGACCAACGAAUUAGGCGAUACUUUUAUGGCACACCUUCCAAACCAUUGUACCCAUUUUCGUUUGAUAUUCCCUUUGCACAGUUCACCGCCUACAAAAUAGGAUCUCCCAACCUGCCCACCUCUUGUAUGCCUCUUGGGAUGACUGCACAGGACAACUCCACAAAGCUGUUGCCAGUUCUUCCCACUGCAGAUCUAGUCAAUCACCUGUUGGCUAUUUCUCAGGCCACCACCGAUGACGUGAGCAAAGCCACUACUACGAAUAUUCACGGUUUUGUGGCCGUCACCAAUGUAAACCCGGAACGUCAG